UUCCGACUCCUUACUUCUUGGGGUUGAGGGGAUCAAAGGCAGGCAGGCAGGCUGACUUCUCUCCGUCGAGGGCCUUCGUUGGCCUCCUCCUCCUCCUCUCUGUCUCGUUUCCCCUCUCGGAGUCGGCCCAGUUCUGGUCUUGAGAGCGGUGGCUUCACUUUCCAAUUCCCGAUUUUGAGACUCCGUGUGGGGCCAGAAGAGGAACUUUGAAGAUAAAAGGCCUCUUAAGGACUCUGCCCUGAGCGAACACAUACACUGUACUUGGGAGGGCGGAGUUGUUCCAGGGGUGAAGAUUUGCUGGUUCUAAAAUUUAAAACAUAAACCAUCCCUGGCAACUGCUUGACGGCUACAGAGGACGGCUGUUAGUUCUCUGGAUCUCGCUGAACAUGUACGACAAUCAGCCAGAUUCCCUGCUCAAACAGAGGAUUCAGCUCUGUCAAAUUGUAGCAAAAUUACAUUUCAAGUGGUUACAAGUAAUAGACGAAGUGGAUCUUCUCAAUAAUGGAAGAGGGCAAGAGCUCAAAAAGUGGAAAUCAUGAAUCAAGAAUAUCUGCCCACGUUCUCUGUGAAGAAAGGAAAACUGCUCGACUUGCAACCAAUCAGAAUUAUAAACAUAAAAAUGACAAAUCUAUAAAAGAAGCUGGAAAAAAUUCUUUAAGUGGAAACAGUAGCAAAAAGAAUAAGCAAAAUGAAGUUUGUACUGAAAAGUCAGGGGAAAAGAAAUCAUGUAAAUCAAAUAUUUGUAUUGCUGGAUGUAAAGACUUCGGGUUAGACAUUCAUGACCUAUGUCAUAGCAAAAGAAAGAGAUUACCAAAUUUACCAGCAGAAGACGACAACCUGAAACCUGAGUCGAGAGAUCAGCAAGUGGAUGAAAAUCCUCUGAGCUCGCAUCUUUCAGGGAGUGGUGCCAGUAUUGAAACCUCACCAAUUGCAGAAGGAGACGUUUCUGAACUGGAAAAUCCUUCAGGAGAGGGUGCAUCCCAAAUUAUUGUGAAUUGGCCUAGUGACUCAGGCAAGAGUGGUUUGGAUCAAAAACCAAUGGAGCUAAAGUCAGAAGACUCCUGUAAAAUGAAGAACACUGAUUCUGUUAAAGAAGCUAAUCUGGAGGGUGAUUAUUUAGGAAGUGUCACAGCAGUUGAUGAAUCUACACUGAUUGCUGAACAGCAGCUGGGCUUGAAACAAGCUGAAGAACGACUGGAAAGAGAUUAUAUCAUCCGCUUGGAAAAACGAUCUCCUGAGUACUCUAAUUGCCAGUACCUAUGCGAGCUCUGUGUAGUUCACAUUGAAAAUAUCCAGGGAGCUCACAAACAUAUUAAAGAAAAACGUCAUAAAAAGAAUAUCAUGGAAAAGCAAGAAGAAAAUGAACUACGUGCCCUCCCUCCCCCUUCCCCUCCACAAGUAACUGCUUUGAGUUUUACAUUGAUGGAGGCAGCAAAGGAACAAGGCAUAUCAGAUAAUGAUUUCCUAAUCCGCCAAGAAAUUGUAUGUGAGAUGGAAAAGAUAAUUCAGCAACCCUUGCCAGAGUGUUCAUUGAGGAUGUAUGGGUCUUGUCUGACUAGAUUUGCUUUUAAGACCAGUGAUGUAAAUAUUGAUAUAAAAUUUCCCUCCAAGAUGAGUCAUCCAGAUGUUUUGAUACAAGUGCUUGACAUUUUAAAAAAUAGUGCUUCUUACUCUGAUGUGGAAUCAGAUUUCCAUGCCAAAGUUCCUGUUGUUUUUUGUAAAGAUGUUAAAAGUGGGUUAACUUGCAAAGUAAGUGCUGGAAAUGAUGUGGCCUGCCUUACAACGGACCUGCUGGCUGCCCUUGGCAAACUAGAGCCAGUCCUUGUUCCUUUGGUGUUGGCUUUUCGCUACUGGGCUAGAUUGUGCCAUAUUGAUUGUCAGGCUGAAGGUGGGAUCCCCUCAUAUUCCUUUGCCUUAAUGGUGAUAUUUUUCCUUCAACAAAGAGAACCACGAAUAUUACCAUCAUAUUUAGGCAAUUGGAUUGAAAGCUUUGAUUCUAAGAAAGCUGAUGAUUACCAGCUAAAGAGCAUUGAAGAUGAAAAGUUUGUGAUGUGGGAAUACAAACCAUCAUGUAAUGGAGCAGGGAAGAAUGGAGCAGGUGUGGAAAGCAAAGCUAAAGGUGACCAGCAAAAAGGUGGUCACAAGAAAGCAGUAACUGUGGAAACAGACACCCAGAGUCAUCCAAAGGAGAAAAAUGGCAUGUCUCCAUUAGCAUUGGAAACACCACAGCAGAUAUCUCUUGGGGAAUUGUGGUUAGAAUUGUUGAAGUUUUAUACACUGGAAUUCGCUUUGGAAGAAUAUGUUAUCAGCAUACGGGUACAAGAACUUUUAACCAGAGAGAACAAAAAUUGGCCUAAAAGGCGAAUAGCCAUUGAAGAUCCUUUUGCACUAAAAAGAAAUGUUGCACGGAGCUUAAACAGCCAGAUGGUGUUUGAGUACAUCCUAGAGAGGUUCAGGACAGCAUAUAAGUAUUUUGCAUGUCCCCAGAAUAAAGAUGGAAUGAAGUCCAAAUUUGAUACCAAGAAAAAAGAAAAGGGAAAAGUUGGUAGCAAAAAAACUGGAGAGCUUGUAACCAAUUGUUGCCUUCCACAGCAGGCUAACAUUUCAGAGAAACAGAAUACAGACAGUGAGUGUGUUAUACAAGCAUGUGAGUUUAAUGAAUGUAGUGAAAUGGAGCCUAUGUCCAGAAGAUGUACUUCCAAGAACUUAGAAAGUUUACUGGUAAAGAAACCAGAGAUUUUAAGUACAAACUCUGAAGACCAAGAAGAAAUAGUAUCCCUUACAACUAAAGAAUGCUGUGAAUUAGAACAAUUACUCCAAGCUAAAGAUGAUCAAGAGCUUUCAGUGGAAGAGGAACGAAGCCCCAAUUUCAUUUUUCGUGAACAUCGGUCCCACAGCACAAAUUCUGUUGAUAAAUUAUCUGAUGCUAAAAGUCGUCAGAGUUCAGAAAAGGAGCAUUCACAGAACAGUAUGUGCUCAGGCACCAGCGCAUCAACUACCUCGCCCAACUGCCAAGCAGUAGGAGACAUUCAAAAGACUAAAGAUGAAGUCACCACAGAAGAUAUUCAUUAUGUAUUUGAUAAAUUUAUUCUGACUUCUGGAAAGCCUCCAACUAUAGUAUGCAGUAUCUGCAAAAGGGAUGGCCAUUCUAAAAAUGACUGCCCAGAGGAUUUUAAGAAAAUUGAUCUGAAACCACUACCACCAAUGACAAGUAGAUUUAGAGAAAUACUUGAUCUAGUUUGUAAAAGAUGCUUUGAUGAAUUGUCACCUCCUUUCGCAGAGCAACAAAAUAGAGAGCAGAUACUGGCAAGUUUAGAAAGAUUUAUUCGAAAAGAGUACAAUGACAAAGCCAGGUUAUGCCUAUUCGGCUCUUCAAAGAAUGGAUUUGGAUUCCGUGACAGUGACCUGGACAUUUGCAUGACACUUGAAGGCCAUGAAAAUGCAGAGAAAUUAAAUUGCAAGGAAAUUAUUGAAAAUUUGGCAAAGGUUCUUAAGAAGCACCCAGGUUUAAGAAAUAUUCUGCCUAUAACCACAGCCAAAGUGCCUAUAGUAAAAUUUGAGUACAGACGAAGUGGCUUAGAGGGAGACAUCAGCUUAUACAACACACUGGCGCAGCACAACACCAGAAUGCUUGCAACCUAUGCAGCAAUUGAUCCAAGAGUACAAUACUUGGGAUACACAAUGAAAGUUUUUGCAAAGCGCUGUGACAUUGGAGAUGCAUCUAGAGGGAGUCUGUCUUCAUAUGCCUAUAUCCUUAUGGUGUUAUACUUCCUACAGCAGAGGAAUCCACCAGUUAUCCCAGUUCUUCAAGAGAUAUUUGAUGGACAACAUAUCCCCCAGAGAAUGGUUGAUGGGUGGAAUGCUUUCUUCUUUGAUGAUACUGAAGAACUGAAAAAACGUUUACCUUCUCUUGGGAAAAACACAGAGUCACUGGGAGAACUGUGGUUAGGGUUACUUCGAUUUUACACUGAAGAGUUUGACUUCAAGGAAUAUGUCAUUAGCAUUCGACAGAAAAAGCUGUUAACCACCUUUGAAAAACAGUGGACAUCCAAAUGCAUUGCUAUUGAAGAUCCUUUUGACCUGAACCAUAACUUGGGUGCAGGAGUUUCCAGAAAAAUGACCAAUUUCAUAAUGAAAGCAUUAAUCAAUGGAAGAAAACUAUUUGGUACCCCCUUCUAUCCACCACAGGGAAGAGAACCUGAAUACUUUUUCAACUCAAAGGUAUUAACUGAUGGAGAACUGGCACCCAAUGACAGAUGCUGCCGUGUCUGUGGCAAAAUUGGUCACUACAUGAAAGACUGCCCAAAACGGAGGAGGCUGAAGAAAAAGGAGAAUGAGAGAGAGGAUGAAAAGGAAGUAAAGGAAGAAGAUAAAGAGACGAGAGAAAAGAGGUGCUUUAUCUGUGGGGAUGUUGGACAUGUUAGAAGGGAUUGUCCCGAUUCCAAACAAACAAGACAAAGAAGCAAUGGUGUUCCAGCUGCUCAGUUAGUCAGAAGUCUUGUAAACUCACAGCAAAUAACUGGAUCCAUUCAGCAGCAAGUGGAAAGACCCUUGCGCACCAGACAACCAUCAGAAGGUUCUGAUUCACGUCAGUCAUCUUACUCUCCACAGCCUCAGCAGUUUACCCAGAAUUCCUCUCCACCAACCUCCAUUAACCAGACCCAGCCACAACCUAUCUCCCAAACCAAGCAUGCUCUGCCACCCCAGCAAGGGGCACAGCCACCCCACCAGGUCCAGCUGCCUUUGUUUAAUUUUCCCCAAUCUUCCCCAGGUCAGUAUUCUACCUUGCAUAACCUGGGACUAUUUCAGAUGCAUCAUCAGCAACAGCAUCACCAAAUUCAACUUCCUAACACCUCGUGGCCUAUUAUUCACUCUGCACCUGGUAAUCCUACUCACUCUACAAGUGUUCCAUUUUCUGUGAGGGCUGGCAGCAGCAAUCCACCCAAUAAUCCGAGCAACGUAAAUUUGAAUGAUCCCAGUAUCAUCUUUGCACAGCCUGCUGCCAGGCCUGUAAGAAUCCCCAGCAAUUCUCAUGAGGGACACUGGCACAACCCUGUGACUCUAAACUCACUGGUGAACAAUGGCACUGUGGGGAAUUCAGAUCAGGGCUUCCAAGGACAGUUUGGUAAAAUGAACCCUUCUCCUCCUGCUGUUCCUUGGGACCAUGGAGCCCCUGGCCAUUUUCCUCACCUUCGAGGGACGUGGCCUUACAAUUUGUCUCCGAACUACAUGCAACAGGGAAAUGCCAGCUAUCCACUGAACAAAACUUUCUACCCUCAAGCUGGCUUACUGAUGCAGAACAACCAGCGCUUUUCUCUUCUGUCUCAAGGACACCCACACUUGAACAUGAAUUUUAUUCAACAGAAAAAAUGAAGUUUAAUUAAGAGGAUGGGAAGAAAUCAGGUUCUGGAUUAAAAUCUUAUUGCAACAUGUUUAGAUAAGAGAUUAUUUAAAACUUUUUAACUGUAUCAUUUGUACAUAGAUAUAAAAUAUAGUUUUUACCAGUAUCACAAGUGUGAUACAAAUGUCAUCUAUUUUAUUACCCUAUUUUUAAGGGAAACUGUUUUAUUUUAUCUUGAUAAAAUGUAAAGAGAGUUUUUAAAAUUAAGUUGUUUAUUUUCUAUUAGCUUUAUUCAUACUUUGGUUCAGACUUUAUAUCGAUUGUUCUAAAAAGAAAUUAGAAGGGAUUUCUUGUGUUAAAGAUUGUCACUUCUUUACAGAACAAUGUAGUGCCAAAAAAUUUUAAAAGGAAAAAAAUAAAAUUGCAAAAUUAGAAAUCACAACCAGAAUUUUCUUCUGUGUAUAGUUUGGGUGCAUUUGGCUAUAAUUAAUUUUUUUAAGAUUAAAGACUAGGUGAAAUAUCAUUUCAGAACCUACUUAAGUUAUUAUCAGAAUACACAAGUUUUCAGAAUUUGCAGAAGUCUUUGCAAGUUGUUUGAUCAGAUUUCAGAGGUGAAUGUAGAAAGUAAGGCUGUGGGCUUCUGAAGGCCAGCCCAUUUUCCUUCUCGAAAUUCCUCAAGUUACUGCUUAUCCUUACAUUGAUGAAUAAAUGCAUAUGUUUAUGCUUCGCUUUGACAAAUUAAAGACAGUAUGCCAGAAAUCACCAACUUUUUCUUUAAUGAGAGUUAUUUCUGAAUAAUUAAAAAUUUCCCAGGCACUCCUCCCUCCAACGUGUUAUCAAAUUUUGUUCUAUCCUAGAAAUUAACACGAAGAACAUCAAAAAUAAAGCUGUUAGAAUCCAGCUACAGCACAUUUUUACAAGCUUUUCCUGGGUUUUCUAGGGGUACACUUGUUAUCCUAUAACCAGGUAUCUCGCAAACUGGUAGGCAGUCUGGAUAAGAGCAGCUUCCCCUCAUUCCUGAACUUCUGUCAAUGAGACUAACCAAAUGUUAUAGAGAACAUUAUAAAGCAAUAUAAUCCAACAUGUGCCUGCAAACUGGGGUUGCAAUAUAAUUCAGUGUGACUGGGUAUGAUUAAAUUUGCAUAGGUUCCAUUUGAUAACCUACUAUUAAUGUCGAGCUGUUAAAAACUCCAAAAAAAGCUUACCUUCAGUUUGUAUCAAAACUUCCUACUUCAAAUAAUUUAGGUCUAUGCUAUCUAUGAGUAUGUGUGUGAAACAUUUGGGUUGAAUUACAAGUUUGUAUAAAGUUGUUCUUUUAAAAACUGUCUACUCUGAAUGUCGUGUCACACAUUCCUGCCUUCUAGAAGUGUGCAGAAAAUAACACCAGAAGCUUUGUCAAUUUAUAUUACCAAUCUCUGUGUCAGAGGAGUGCAGUAGAGAUUUUUUUUAAUUUGCAAGCUUUCCCUAAAUUGAAACUCUACAUUUCAGUCUUCUGAAAACUGCACAAGUUCAUUAUCUCUGGGGGAAGAUGCCUGACAUAAAAUCAUAUGUGAGACAUAUGUAGAAUGGAGCAUUAAUAACAUAACGGUUUUCAGACAGAAAUUAGAAUAAUUUGGUUUCUCACAAAUCAUUCCCUGUAGUCUUAUUAGUAUUUUGAUGGUUUGUUGGACUUUGUAAAAAUGAGCAGUUGCAUAACAAUCAGACUAAACAUUGUAAAAACACCAAAUAAACAGUCCUUUAUUAAUAGGUCUUGUAAUGAAUUUAAACA